AUGGCUGGUCUUCCCAAAUUCGAUGACCUUCCUGACAAGCGCCGUUAUUGGCCUGCGCCUGCGGGAUCAGAGGAGGAAGGACUAGGAAUGCUGCGUCUACUCACGCCCGAUGUUGUAGCCGACGCAGCGCGUACGCAGAUCCAGACAGGUGAACGGGUGUGCUUGAAUUGGGACAUUGAGAACUUGACCCCGCCAGGUACAUUCCCAACCUAA